UUCAUGCUCAACUUUGCGAACUGUGUCCUGGCUAAAACCAAACGACUUCUCGGUAAAUUCUGCAAUUUAACAGCAUUAAGCGGCGUAUUUAAGUUCAAAUGUGUGGUUCAGCCUUUCGGGUAAUUUCAAAAUCUUUAGUUUACUGCUAGUCUGUCCUGUCAGGCUUGCUAACGUUAGCUAAGGAAGCAGUCCUGGUUUGACAGCUCACUGAAAGUUUGGCUAACCUAACUUUAAAACAGACGUUAGUACGAUGGAGAGUUCAUUGGUAAAAGACAACCCACUACUUUUACCUCUUAAUAAGGAGAAAACUGUUUAUGACGGAUUCAUUACAGUCCAGGAACGAGACUUCAGAAUGAGAAUACUUCUACCACCAGAUCGCCAACUCAUACGGGCCAGGCUGCUCUGCUGCUGGCAGUUAAAGCACCUGUUGCGUGGGUAUGAGCACACAGUGAAGCAGAGGCUGCAGCAGUCGGCUGAUCUUGUCAGUUUCAUUCUGGAGCUGAAGACUGUCUUGGAAGUGGGUCUAAAGAGCUUUCCUGAGUGCCGCUCCAUCCCGCCUCCACAGUAUUACUCUCAACUCAUCUCUGAGUUGGAGACCCUUGGGUGGGCCAAGCUGCUCUUCAUAGACACAGACUUCCAAACGUUGAGACUGGAGGCAGAGGACUCCGCUGGAAGGCAGCACAUCCUCACUAUUAAACUCAAGUCUAAGCACCCUGCAGAGGCUCCUGAAUGCUCAGCUGACCUGCCAAUCCCUCUGGCCAUAAGCUGGACGCCACAGAGUACUCUGGACCAGCUCCACAGCCAGUUCCUGCUGGUUUUGGAAUCCCUUACCGUGUUCUGGGAUGUCCUGGACGAGAUUGACAGUAAAACCUGGAUUCUGGAGCCAGAAAAACCUAGCCGGUCCGACACCAUGAGACGGAUUGCCAUCGGAAAAAAAGUAUCCAUCAAAGUGGAGGUGGAUCCCAGACACCCUAAGAUGCUGCCAGAGUGCUGCCUGCUGGGAGCCGAGCACGAGGUGACUCCACUGCGGAAUAAGCUGAACGCCAACAUGCACUUGUGGAACCCGGACUCCAGCGUCUUGCACAACCUCCGGGAUGUUUUGGAGAUCGAAUUCCCGUCACCUGCCACCCACGAAAAAUCUAGCUUCAGCGUUGAGUGUGGGAUCUGUUACUCCUAUCGUCUCGAAGCUGCGAUCCCUGAUCAGGUGUGCAAUGACCCUCGCUGUGGCCAGCCCUUCCAUCAGGCCUGUCUGUAUGAGUGGCUGCGAGCGCUCCCCUCCAGCAGGCAGAGCUUCAACAUUGUUUUUGGAGAGUGUCCUUACUGCAGCAAGCCCAUUACCGUGAAAAUGACAGCCCAGAAGUCCUGAGAAGUGGCUUUGUGUUCCUGUCAGCUCCAUCACGGCGCGGGGAAACAGCUCAGAAAGACAGUGAUAAAACUAGUAGAUACAGUAACUGCUUUUUAAUUUAAAAGGGUUUAAGUGCACUUUUGCAAACUCCAAGAACGGCACCCAAGAGAAGUAAAGAUAAAAGAUAGAUAAACCAGGACAACAGUCCCUUCCUCUGUGUGGGAGCCGCUUCCUCUUCUGGACCCCUGAGAGCAGACCCUUCCCAUACACCGCAGCUGUCUGUGUUUUCAUUACAGCGGUCACUGUCCUCCCCCUGUCCAUGGCUGUCGCCCUCUCUGUGGAGGAGUGGCCUUUCGUCCCACCUUUCCCAGUACUCCAUGUGUGUUUGGAUUGUCAGUACGUGUUUUCUCUGUUGCGGACGGAGCUGUCUUCCUGAGGUAGUGGUGCGGUCCUCUGUUUUCCCGCCAGUCCUUUUGGGUUUAGUGUUCUGUUGAAGAGGGUAAUUCAAGUGUUUGCUCUUUUAGAACUGGCAAUAGCAUGAACAUUGUACUGUGUUAUAUGUGAGUUACUUCUGCUCAGUAAAAUCUUGAAUGAUUGC